GUGGUUGUCUGCUGUUCAUUAGCCCAUAACACUGAUGAUCUUGUAUUGCAGUGGUGAACCAGCUCACAGGAGACUACCUGUUGUGACUGUUAUUCCAACCUUCCCUAAGGAUGUGCAGGCGAGGCUUGAUGCCAAAGAAUCAUGUCAGAAAGUGCCAAAACUACUCAAUAAAAUAAUCAGAGUGCUUUAUGAAAUGAUGGCAGAAUACACUAUGUAUCCAACCAAUGCAGAGUAUGUCAAAGUUGCCAAGGCAGUGAUUGUGAAAUACCCUUUUCUGAAAGAUAAUGAGGGAAAUGGCUAUGAUAUUUGUGUUGGGGAGGAUUUAACAUCUGUUGCGGCCCAUGUGAAUGUGCUACAAAGUGAGUGUCACAAGACUCGUCCUGAUAUAUCAGCUAUCAAAGACCUCAUGGCCCGAACAUUCUCAUGGAGACGUCGUGAAAUCAUGGAAGGGAUGCCCGUGGAGGAUGCACUCAAAAAAUACCCAUACUUAAGGUUUCCUGCUGGAUUGUUUGAUGAGGUUGACCGAAUUCACCCUUCAACAAGCAGCUUCUGUCAUCGCUUUCGAGAGUGCUUCACCACUGUUCUGCCAAAUGUUCUGAACCUUGCCAAGGGAAAAUCUCACCUAACACAAUAUUACACUGACGCAAGACAGGAAGCCAUGGCUGAAGAUUUACCAGGAAUUGACUUAAGAGCUGGGCUUGUCUUUUUGCCAUCUAUCUUCAGGGAAAAGAUUGAACACUUAAUCAUUAUAGGAGAGGGAGACCCUGCUACACCUCAUCCAACCAUAUAGCUGAUGGACAAUGACUGGAUGAUGGCAAUCAGUG